AGAAAGCAAAACUGAAAAGAAGAAGAAUAACAAGAUUACUAACAUCUUUAACAGAACCAAUCCACUUUUUUAAACAGCGGAGAGAGAUGUAUAUUGAGUCUGAUAACUUGGAAGUGGAUACGUACAAUCAAAAGAAAGCAGCCAUGGAUGGAUGAGGGUAGACAGUAACUUAGAAGUGGAGGGGACCAAACCCCAGCAGAGUAGUAGUCUUUAAAUAUCAUCGACGCACUUAACUUAGAACCCACUCUUUUUCAUUCCACAAGUCUAGUGACGAAGAAAACAAAGACCGAAAAUGUUAUCUAGGACUAAUCUUCAGAUUGCCCUCAAACUGUUGCUGAUCUUAAUAUCUGCUGUUUGGGUUUCUCUUUGGCUUCUCAAACCAACUGAAUUAUGGACAAAAUCAUGGCACAAAGCUGAAGAUAAUGCCCGAGAAACUGUUUUUGGAUACUACGGUCUCAAUUUUGUUGUUUACUCAUUACCUCUUAUUUCAAUGGCUAUAACCGGAUACUUAUACUUGUAUCUUUAUGCUAAAAAACCACGAGGUUUACGAAGAAGCAGGCAGAAAAAAAUGUCAAUUACAAAACUCUCCAACCCGUUUAUAAUUUCUAGACGUCUUGGGGUAAUAUCUCUCAGUGAGCUACUAGCAGCGAUGAUCUUUACCAUCUUUCUUCUAUGGACUAUGUAUGCCCACCUCUCCAAGGAUUUCAAGAAAAUGACGCCGGAAAAACUACUAAAGCUGAAUAUAUGGCAAUUUAGGCUCAUGAAGAUAGGGACCAGGUUUGGUUUGCUAGCAGAAGUAUGCCUAGCACUUCUUCUUCUGCCUGUCUUAAGAGGGAUGUCAUUAUUUCGGUUAUUCAGAAUCCAAUUUGAAGCGUCAGUUAGAUACCACAUCUAUCUUGGGACUGCUAUGAUAAUUUUCGCCACAUUGCAUGGUGCAAGCACCUUUUUCAUUUGGGGUGUUAAACAGCAAAUUCAAGAUGAGAUGUGGAAGUGGCAAAAAACAGGGCGGGUGUACCUUGCAGGUGAGCUCGGCCUUGUAACAGGAUUAGUAAUCUGGAUCACAUCUCUUCCUCAAAUAAGACGCAAGUGGUUCGAGAUUUUCUACUACACGCACCAUUUUUAUGCUGUCUUCCUAGUACUGUUCUUGUUUCAUACUGGAGAUCGGCACUUUUACAUGGUUUUCUCAGGGGUUCUCCUAUUUGGCCUAGACAAGCUCCUUCGAAUUACACAAUCAAGACCCCCAACGGGUGUAGUAUCAGCCCGCAUAUUCCCGUGCAAAGCUAUAGAACUCAGUCUAUCCAAAGACCCAAGAUUGAAGUACAGUCCCACAAGUUUAAUAUACCUAAAAGUACCUAGCAUCUCAAAGUUUCAAUGGCAUCCUUUUAGUAUAACUUCCAGCUCAAGUGUAGAUGAUGAGAGAAUUACCGUUAUUGUCAAAAGUGAUGGAUGGUGGACAAGUUCACUAUAUGACACAAUGGUUGCAGCAGUACACUCUGAUCCUUAUGAAGUUAAGUGUCUUCCUGUUCAUAUUGAAGGCCCUUAUGGGCCAGUUUGUACCGAUUUCCUAAGAUACGAAAGCCUACUUUUGGUAGCAGGAGGAAUCGGAAUAACUCCCCUUCUAAGCAUAUUGCGAGAACUAGCAUCUACUGAAAUUAAAAUGAAGAGUACUCUUCCCUCAAGAAUACAACUCAUAUAUGCCGUGAAGAAAUCAGAAGACAUCAGUCUGUUAAUCCCAGUUUCGGAUAUACUUCUAACCCAGCCCUUGGGCCAAACAAGUCUUGAAGUGAAGAUUUUCAUUACCCAGGACAACAGACCAAUUAAAACAGUGAGAGAAUUACUAAAUGAUCAAUCUACAGUGGAAAUAGUAAACUUUGAUUGGAAGGCUUUCGAUAAUACAGUCUCUGGAUCCGAAAAUUUACCAUGGUUUGCUGCACUGGCAGGAUUUUCAUCCAUCGUUUUCCUCGUAACACUUGUGUUCCUAAACCAUGCGUUUAUUCGCUCCAAUGUGAAAGGAUCAGAGAAGAAGAACCCAUCUUGGAUUACUGAUCUGCUUCUCAUUUGUUCAUUCCUUAUUGCUAUAAUCUGUGGUGCCUUAGCUACGGCCAUAGUGAAACGAAGAACACCAAAGAAAGAUCUUCCACUAGUUGCCAUGAGAAAAUGUGAUCAUAUGGAACUCGGUCCCACGGAACCAAAAGACAUUCUUGACAGUCAUGAAAUCCGUUGUGGAGAAAGACCCAACUUCGACGAUAUAUUCUCUCAAUUCCCAAACCGAACUGGUGACUCCAGUAUAGGUGUUUUCUUCUGCGGACCUGAGUCGAUGAGAGAAUCUGUUGCAUUAUCUUGCCGGAAAUAUUCACAAGGUUCCACCAUUGAUGGCAAAGGAAGGAAGCCUUUUUUCAGUUUCCAUUCACUGAAUUUCGCACUUUAGUUUUAGUUUCUCCUUUUGUAUUCAAGAAACUCCUAUUAAAAAACCAAAAUACUUCCACCCGAACCAGAAAGAAAAAGGACUCAUUUUAUUAGGAAGAUUUGGCAUGGACAUGCCAUAGUGUAUGUUAGUAUCUGUCUACUUUGGCGUAUAUAUAUACUAGAAUCGCCCGUGCCAUUAGGGUGCUGUUGCUAUGGCUAAUGCCUUCGUCGGUGUAUCGGGUCGAGUUAUUUUCAGCCACCAAACUUCUACUUUCUUUCAUUAACAUGUUACUAAAAUGGCUUCUCUAGCAAAGACAUGGUGCAAAUGUAAAUUAUAUUAUGAUUGUAAAAGAAAAAUUCUUGUUUUUCAA